AAAAAAAAAAAAAAAAGUGAAUCACAAAGCAAAAUGAUCUUAUAACAUAAUUAGGCAGUCGUAAAUAUAUUAUGGAUCAAACUUUACCAUUUAAAUAUGUAUCAUCAGAUGAAGAAAGUAGAAGUUUAGAAACAGUUGAUGUUUAUGUUAGUGAUGUGAAACCAGAAGAAACUGGACCAAUUAUAAAAUUUAUAAAAAAAUAUUGUCCUCGAGAAGGAAUUUUGGAUCAUGUUAAAAGAAUUAAGAAAACUUCUCAUGAUAAAGGAUUUACAUUAACAGUAUUAAUAUGUUCAGUUGAAUCAAUUACUUUUACAGAUUUAAUAGCAUUAAUAAAAAAUCAUAAUCUUAAUUCAAUACUUAAACCUCGUAUUCAACAAGUUUGUAAAUAUCCUGCUAUUACACGUACUCAAUUUGACGAAUGGAGAAAAUUAUGGCCAAUCAAUUUUAUUGAAGAUCCGAAAAGAGAAUUAAAAUUCACUUUAAAAGAAAUAGAAAAUAUAGAACAAUAUAUGGAAAGAGCUAUUAAAUUAUCUAUUCAAGCAAAAUUAAAGGGAGAAAUACCGAUUGGAUGUAUAAUGAUUGAUCCAAAAAAUAAUGUUAUAUUAUCAGAAUCUUUUGAUACUCGCAAUUCAACAAAACAUCCACUUAGUCAUGCUAUACUUAACUGUAUAAAUAAUGUAGCUUCUUUGGAAAAAUCAAAUUAUUUAGAAAAAUCAAACAAAAUUGAAAUUAUUCAAAAACAAAAAAAACAACCAGUUGAUGUAGUAAUAAAUAUUAAUAGUGAAAGUUUUUCUUAUCAACAAAAUAAUAAUGAAAGUAAAACUACAUACCUAUGUAAAGGUUUUGAUAUAUUUAUUACUCAUGAACCAUGUAUAAUGUGUUCAAUGGCACUUGUACAUUCAAGAAUUGGUCGAGUAUUUUAUGGUCAUUCAAAUAAAGUGUCAGGUGGAUUAGGUUCUUGUUAUAAAAUUCACACUCAUAAUUCACUCAAUCACCAUUUCAAAGUAUUUAAAGGAUUGCUACAACAUAAAAUUGAUGACUUGUCAAUUGAUUGUUAAUUUAAAAUAAAAUGUAAUAAAUUAAUGUGAUAUAUUUGUAAAUGCAAAAAUUUAUUAAAAUUGACGUACAAGUUA